UCUUAUUUUCGAAAUGUCAAUUGCAAGAAAUAAAUUUUCUUCAGCUUUCAGGCAAAGUUUUUCAUCUUUUACUUCUAUUGGUAGUAGGUUUGCGAGAUCAAAUCUAGUCGCACCCUUUCGUUAUGCUUCUACAUUAUCGUCACUUAAUACUUUAUCUGAAGAAGAAGAAAGUAUUCGCGAUUCAGUCGCAAGUUUUGCAGAACAUAAAAUAAAACCUCUUGUGCCUAAAAUGGACGAAAAUGAAUACCUUGACUCAGAAAUUCUUAAAGGCCUUUUUGAACAAGGGCUUAUGGGAAUAGAAACUGAAGCCGAAUAUGGUGGUACUGGGAGCUCAUUUCUGGCUGCUAUAUUGGCUGUCGAAGAACUUGCAAAAGUAGACCCAUCUAUUAGUGUUAUUUGUGAUGUUCAGAAUACACUUGUUAAUACAUUAUUUCGCAAGUAUGGUAAUGAUUUUGUGAAAACCAAAUAUUUACCUCAACUUGCAACUGAAAAGGUUGGCUGCUUUUGUUUAUCCGAAUCUGGAGCUGGAAGUGAUGCAUUCGCGUUAAAAACUCGCGCUGAGAAAAAAGAUGGAUAUUACAUUCUCAAUGGCUCAAAAAUGUGGAUCACUAAUUCAGGAGAAGCCGAAAUUUUUUUAGUAUUCGCUAAUUUAGACCCUUCAAAAGGAUAUAAAGGAAUUACAUGUUUUGUAGUGGAGAAAGACAUGGGAGUUAAGAUUGACAAAAAAGAAUCUAAGCUUGGUAUUAGAGCUUCUUCGACUUGUACAGUGAAUUUUGAUGAUGUCAAGGUGCCAGAGGAAAAUGUAUUAGGAGAAGUAGGCAAAGGCUAUAAAUACGCAAUUGAAAUUCUCAACGAAGGCCGUAUUGGUAUCGCCGCUCAAAUGAUAGGGUUAUCUCAGGGGGUGUAUGAUUAUGCUUUAGCUUAUAUGUUUCAGAGGAAGGCAUUUAACAAAUUAAUUGGUGAAUUCCAGGGUAUGCAACAUCAAUAUGCUCAAGUCGCAACUGAGAUAGAAGCUUCUAGAUUAUUGACAUACAACGCAGCUAGAUUGAAACAAGAAGGGAAAGAUUUUAUUAAAGAAGCAGCUAUGGCAAAAUUAUAUUCUUCUCAAGUCGCCGAAAAGACUGCAUCCAAAGCUAUCGAAUGGAUGGGCGGUGUGGGGUUUACAAGGGAUUUUCCAGUUGAAAAAUUUUACAGGGACUCGAAGAUUGGUUCUAUUUAUGAAGGAACCUCAAAUAUUCAACUAUCUACAAUUGCAAAAUUAAUAGCUCAAAAAUUUAAAUAAUUUAUUAAAUACAAUAUGUAAAAUACUAAAAUACGAUUAGCUUGAUAAGUAAAUCACGUGCUUGGAUUUUUGCCGCAAAUUAUGUAUUAAUUACAUCAUAAAAUAACUAAAGUUACUAGAUUAAUUUCUAGUCAAAUUUAGAAAGAAAUAUCGAUUUUACAUCAUAAGUGCAAGGAGUAGAAAUGUU